CCGCGUCAAAGGCGCGUAAUUGAUGCUCAAGGUCAUGGCUUCUAUUUGCCAUGCUUUGAAGUCGAUUAUUUGGGAUUUCUUUGGUCGAGUUAAGCCUCUUGCUUUAGCUGCAGAUACGACAGCAUUAUACCCUUUACCCUUUUUCGGACCACAUAAGUCAUGGGAAGACUCAAUUUACUUCGCUGUGCCUAAGAAACGUAGGACUGCAGAAAUACGGCGCAUACGAAAGUUUCUUUCCCUGAGAUCGGGAGAUUACAAACCUAGAGACGAUUUGACUCCAUGUAAAUUCUGUGGUUACCUAAACCCUCGAAACUUUCUAUGCACCAAUUGUUACAGUAAAGUACGUGAGGAAACUAACUUUCUACGUUCCCUUGUCAAUGGUCAACUUCCAAGUGAUCACGAAGUGAAAUUUAUUUAUAAUGAUGAUAACAGCACUAACGCAUCUGUUAGCAAUGCAGAAGUCAAAGUCCCUGGUCCUAGACCUUCGUGGUUCCCAUCUAUUCUACCAGAAACAAAGUCUCCAGGUGGUGAGAAUUCAUAACGUUGUACAUUAAUUCAUUGUUCCAAGCGCUCCUAGAUGACAGUUUAUAAAUACACAAUCAUACCUCCUAUUGUUUUCUUGUUUGUACUGUUGCCUUAUACACUAUCUAAACAUCCUAGUUAGAUUUACCUUCUUCAAUUACCCAGUAUUAUUUUCUAUGCUUAUUGGCACACAAUGCUGAAGUCAAUUGAUAUUAUGGUGAUAAAUAACUUAAUGUUAUUUAAUUUCUAACUUAUAUACUUAUUUCUGGGCAAAAUGCUUUGCUACCUUAAUAUUCAGAAGCUUAUCAAUAGCAUAUUCUCGCAAACAAUACUAGUUCCUGUUUUUCUCGUGGUCGAUAUCCAGAUCUGCAUUUGAUAAUUGUCUGUUGAGAUAUUGGACGAGACACGCUCUGUGAAUCGCGUUGUUGGCUAAAAUACUGAACUUUUC